AUGUCGAGUAAAGUUUCCUCAAGUGGAGAGCUCUUGAGCCGGUGGAGGAGAAUCGAGGAAGACGAAGGGGAUAAUGACGGUUGUGAUCCCUCUACAGUACGACGCCUUAACCAGCGCAAAGAACAAUGGUUUACAGAUGCAUUCACUUUAUUGAUAUCUCUGCCGAGGGAUACUCAUAUUUGCUGUGGGUAUGGGGAUGUAAUGGGACCUCUUCUGGAGACAUUCUACAAUUUCUUCACAGAUGAUAGAAAUGAUUCACCUCUCAAGGUCUUGUGGAAGAGGAUCUCUGAAGAAAUGCGGCUUUGUGCCCAAUGCAUUUGCCAGCACCAUCAGACUCAAGAGAUGUAUGAAAAAGAGUAUGAGUGCUCUUCUGUUGGUCCACUACUUGCUGUGCUGCGAAAAAUUGAUGAAGAAAGGGUGACUAGGCACUUGCAAGAGAUCAACUCGAGAGUAGAAAACGGAACAUAUGAUCCAAAUUCUCAUCAUGCAGAAGUUGUUAGUGUAAUGUAUGAGGUUUUGAUGUUUCCGUUCUUCUUUGACGAUAUGUCCUUAUGCACUGAGUUUGAGAAAUUCAUUGAGUCAAUUGACAACAUUCACGAGCUAGCAUUUGCUGAAAAUCAAGAAUUUCCGGGUGUGUAUGCACUCCUUUUCCUCAAUAGAAGGGUGCGCGUAAUUGGUUAUCGCUUGGCGAGGGCCAUGGGAAAGUUGAGGUCAGCAACCCAGUUGGAGCGCCUCCAGCCAUUGCUCAAGAAGUUCAUUGGAAUUCUGGAGAUGGAGGGUCUGCCUUCUGCAUCUCAGGAACCAAGGCCAAGGAUUUAUUUAGACCGCUCAUCAAUAUGGCUUGGGAUGACAUCAUUGCUUGAGUUCUUAGAAGGCCCUGCUUUUGAAGAGGGUAUAUUAGAGCCUUACCCCGAUUUUGUUGAUACAGUGUUGAAUCAUAUAAGCGGUGAUUCACCUGAAUUUUCGCUGGCUGUUAAUUGCCUGAAAGAGCUGUUUAAGACACUUGGUUGUAAGCUCUGGCUUAGGGCUACCUUGUCCCCAAGUGUGAUGCGUAACACAUUGUUGGGUCAGUGUUUCCAUACACGAGCUGAGAAGAUCCACAAAGCCAUAUUUGAUCUUUUCCAGCCAUUACUACAGUCCCUUGAGGCUUUGCGAGAUGGUGAGCAUGAAAAGCAACGUAGACACUUUCUCUACUUUCUCCUUCAUCAGGUCCCAGUUAGCAGUAACUUCAGCGUUUUAGCAAGAAGAAUUGGCCACAAGAUUGCUCUUCUUAUUGUCCUCAGAGGUUACAAGAUGAACCCACCUUGCCCUCCCUUUGAGUGUGCACACAUGUGGGGCCCAUCUCUUGUGUCGUCGUUUAAAGAUUCUUCACUUCAUAUUUCAUUGCGACAACCUGCUAUUGAUCUUGUCCAAGUUAUCCUUGUAUCUGAUGCAACGGCCCUACUAGCUUCGCAGCUACGUAAUAAUACUGGUAAAUAUAUGGGCAAUGAAGUGAAAUAUGACGAUGAUGACAGUAAUCUUCCCUUUUCCCAUGCUGUCGAAGAUGUAAGUGAUCAUCCGUGGAUUGACUUUACCCAGCAGAGCAAAAUUACUCUUGGGGAGUGCAAAGAGUGGAUGUGCAUUCCGAUGCUGUGGAUUACUACUCUUACAAAUACAAAUCUACUAAACCUUCCAAUAUCACUAUCCCAAGCAGUAUUUUGGUCUCGGUCGCGUUUUUGUUUGGUGGAAUCUGAAAAGAGUGAUGAACUGACGGUUGAUAUCGAAACUUGGCUUUCAUCUUCUGCUGUUGAAAUCAAAGACACGCUUGGAUGGAAGUUAGCGACGGGAUCUGAUGAUGGGGGGCCAGGAAAAGAGUCCAAAAACUCUGUGACAGUAUCAAAGAUGUGUCCUACGUUGAUACGAACAUUGAAGAGAUUGACCACUUGUUUUUUGGUCCAAAUGGGUGAAGAAUGUCGAAAACAGUGGACCUGGGUGCCAGGGAUGGGCGAAACCUUCAUCCUUUCUCUUUCAGACCCGGAUGAUAUUAUAAGGCAGUUUGGAAAGUCUAUGCUGGAACACGUUUCAAAUACCAGAGGUCUGUCUUGUGGGCUGAAGUUUCUCUGCUCUCAAAGUUCACACCUACGAUUUGUUUUUUCUGGAGCUAGACAAGUUUUACAGCAGGUCCAUUUGAGCACUGUUCUACAAAGCUUUCAGAUCCUGCACCAUUUUUUCUUUUUAUUAUUCAAGUUGCUUAAGGAAGAAGAUGUGGCCAUUAGUGAUGGGGUGAAGAGUUCUGCAGGGGGAUUUUUGAGGCAACCUGACUUUAAUGCUCCUCCAAUGAUUGGCAACAGAAAUUCCUUGAGUGCCACCCCGGAGUUGCUGAAUUUUCUCUACUCACUUGCAGAAGUUACCUGGGGUGCGAUAAGGAAGUGCUUAGCUGAGGGAAAGGCUUUCAUCCAUCAAAGUGUUUCCCAGAUGACAUGUGUACGUUUGCUUGAGAUUAUUCCUGUCGUUCUGGGAAAACUUAGACUAAGCCGUGAAGAUUCCUGUGAUAUUAGAGGAGCUUUGAAAGAUGCAUCCGAUCUUAAAUGGCUUCCUGAUCUCAUUGAUUGGGGAAGGUCACAACUUAAAGUUGUUGUUGCGUAUUGGAGACGAGCAUUAGGGGCUUUGCUGGACAUCUUACAAGGAUCAAAAAGUACCGCUUGUUCAUCGGCGGUCCAGGCUAUAAGACGUAUUUUAUCUUCUGAUGAUCUUGACAUCGAGCAAUUAGCAGAACAAAUAUCACGGCUUGUUCCCAAGGCAAAUGAGUACCAGAUUCUCAAACCUGUUGAUGUUGUUGGUAAAACACCAGAUAAUAUGGUGGAUCUAACAGAAGAUGAGACUGAGAAGGGAUCAUUGAAGAAUUUACCUAGUCUGCAUAAGUCUCAUCAACUUGAUAUUAAUAAAACUCUUCCACCUAUUAAAAGCAUCCCACAGGUGUCCUCUCUGAAGAAGAGUACUUAUAGUGUUGAUACUUCAAAGUUUCCGGAGGCAGUUCUCUCAGAGAAAGAUGUUUCAGUAAGCUCCAGCAAUAUUGUUAGGAACCUUCCCACCACAAACGCUGAACCAAGCAAAGUUCGUACUUCUAGCAUUGAUACUUCAAAGUUUUCAGCGGCAGUUCUCUCAGAAAAAGAUGUUUCAGUAAGCUCCAGCAAUAUUGUUAGGAACCUUCCUUCCACUAACGCUGAACCAAGCAAGGUUGGCAGUAUGAGUAGGGAAGCAGAAAACAGACAGAAGGUGAGAGAUCCUCUUUCAUCUGAAAACAGAGCCGACUUAAAGAAUGCUACUGAUGAAGUCAUCUCGCGUGGAACUUCAAAAGAGUCCCAAAAAGCUGCGAUUUCCAACAAAAAAGGUGUGGAUUUAAGAAAGGUAGUUAAUGAGACGGAGGCUGAUCCACUGGACUUGGCACUUAAACAUCUGAAACCACAGUCAUUACCCCUGGCGAAACCAGGGCCCAUUGUCCCCAAACGACAAAUCAUUCAACUUUGUGCGCCUGUAAAUAAGAGAUCUGACCGGUGGCAGAGGCAAGAAGCCGGAUUCAAAAGAUUCAGGCCACCACGGCUUGAAGAUUGGUUUAGAAAGAUUUUGCAAAUGGACUACUACGCAAUAGUGGGAUUGUCGUCGACAAAUAAAGAUGAGAAUCAGAAUGUCGGAAAGUUUAAGGAAGUUCCAGUGCGGUUUGGCUCACCUGAGCAGUAUAUACAGAUUUUCCAGCCCUUGGUUCUAGAAGAGUUUAAAGCACAGUUACAAAGUUCCUUCCAGGAGAUAUCGUCAGUGGAGGAGAUAUAUUAUGGUGUUCUGUCGGUUUUAUCAAUUGAAAGGGUUGAUGAUUUUCACUUUGUUCGGUUUAUGCAAGACGAAAAUGAUGACCCCAACUCGAAAAGUUUCUCAGAAAAUGACUUGAUUUUGUUCACAAAAGAGUAUCCAGAAAACAGUAGCGUCGGUGUUAAUAUGAUGGGAAAGGUGGAAGGACGGGAAUGGGAUGAUAAAAAACGGUCCAGUAUUUUGAAUGUUCGCUUGUAUCUUCAGAAUGGAUCUUCACGACUAAAUCAAGCUAGAAGGAAUCUCUUGGAUCGUAGCCAGUGGCAUGCAAGUCGCAUUCUAAACAUUACAUCCCAAAUUCGAGAGUUUCAAGCUUUGUCAUCCAUCAAGGAUAUUCCCGUUUUACCUGUGAUCUUAAGUCCUAUGAGUGACUCUAACUAUGAUUCUGAAAUUAAAAGAUCAGAUCUGCGUUCGCUACCAAAUUCUCUACAGCAAAUACUCAAAUCAUCUUUCAAUGAAAGCCAACUUCAGGCUAUUAGUGUUGCCAUUGGUUCAUCCAAUAUGCCAAAAGAUUUUGACAUUUCACUUAUUCAAGGUCCUCCAGGAACUGGCAAGACUCGCACUAUUGUUGCUAUUAUUAGUGGUUUGCUUGCAUCAGUGUCACGUAAAACAGGUGAUAAUGGAAAUUCUGAGCACGUUCAUAGUUCUUCUACAACUUCUAGGCAGAGAAUGAAUCCGAAUGUAGCAAUUGCAAGGGUAUGGCAAGAGGCAGCUCUGGCUAAGCAGCUAGAUGAUGACGGGGAAACAAAUAAAAAGAUGGGAGAAAAGAUUGGUAGGGGAAGGGUACUGAUCUGCGCUCAGUCAAAUGCUGCAGUUGAUGAAUUAGUUUCACGUAUAUCGAGUUUAGGCAUUUAUGGCAGGGAUGGGAAGAUGUUCAAACCGUAUCUUGUGAGAGUUGGAAAUGCGAAAACUGUUCAUGCCAAUUCAAUGCCCUUCUUUCUCGAUACCCUUGUCGAUCAACGUUUAGCAGAGGAGAAAAUGCGGAUAAACAAAGCGAAGAACAAUAAAGCUGCAGAUUCUUCUGCGUUACUGCGCUGUAACUUAGAAAAGGUUGUUGAUCAAAUCACCCAUUUUGAAGCUAAGCGUGCAAACUUAAACCAGGAAAGUUUGGAUGCCAAAGAUAAGCUGGGGAACAAAAACCUCAACAAAGAUGAUGAUGGCAAGCCAAUGUCUGAUGCAGAGCUAGGAAUAAGAUUGCGGAGGCUAUAUGAGCAGAAGAGAAAAAUUUACAAAGAUCUUAGUGCUGUUCAAGCUCAAGAGAGAAAAGCUAACAAUGAAAUCAGACAAUUGAAAAAUAAGUUGCGGAAGUCAAUUCUGAAGGAAGCUCAGAUAGUCGUUACGACUUUAAGCGGGUGUGGAGGAGACUUGUACAAUGUGUGUGCUGAAUCUUUGUCAUCCCAUAAGUUUGGCAAUCCAUCUGAAGAUAAUUUAUUCGACGCCGUAGUGAUAGACGAAGCAGCUCAGGCUCUGGAGCCAGCUACUUUGAUUCCUCUACAGCUGUUAAGGUCAAGAGGAACAAAAUGCAUAAUGGUUGGAGAUCCAAAGCAGCUUCCAGCAACUGUUCUAUCCAACAUUGCAAGUAAAUUCUUAUAUGAAUGCAGCAUGUUUGAACGCUUACAAAGGGCUGGGUACCCUAUCCUUAUGCUUACCCAGCAGUAUAGGAUGCAUCCAGAGAUUUCUCGAUUCCCGUCUUUGCACUUCUACGACAAUAAGUUGCUAAACGGUGUCGACAUGUCAAGCAAAUCAGCCCCGUUUCACGAGAGCCAUUACCUUGGACCAUAUGUUUUCUAUGAUAUUGUUGAUGGCCAAGAGAAUCGAAGUGGGGAUUCUAGCUCUGUCUGCAAUGAACAAGAAGCUGAAGCUGCUGUUCAACUGCUUAGAUUUUUCAAAAAGAGAUACCCUUCUGAAUUUGUCGCUGGAAGGAUUGGCAUUAUUACUCCCUACAAACGUCAGCUUGCGGUUUUGCGUUCUCGUUUCUCUAGCGCAUUUGGAGCUCAAGUAGCAGCAGAUAUGGAACUGAAUACUGUGGAUGGCUUUCAAGGCAGAGAGGUUGACAUAUUAGUGUUAUCCACUGUAAGAGCUACUCAUUCUGGUCCUGAGGGGAGCAAUCAAAGUCGGAUUGGUUUCGUUGCUGAUGUUAGACGGAUGAAUGUUGCUCUCACAAGAGCCAGACUCUCCCUUUGGGUUUUGGGUAACACGCGAACCUUGCAGAGAGACCAUAACUGGGGUGCACUUGUGAAAGAUGCAAAGGAAAGAGAUGUCAUCAUACCAGUUAGGAGACCGUACAACUUCAUGUUUGGCGAGAAAAACGCAGAACAAAAGCAUUUUGAGAAUCUUCCUGAGCCUGAGAAACAGCAUUCGCGCCGCAAAGAACAGAGAACAGAGACAUCCUCUGAUAGAAAAAUGAGGAAAUCUGAUGGAGAUGAUGCGGCUCUCUCAUCUAAAGGAUCAGAUAGCAAGCACAGCAGAAGAAAAACCAAAGAAGAAGCGUCUUCUCAAAGGGAAAAAGUAGCUCCGAGCAGCGAGAAAGUAACAUCUGAAGUGAAUCCUAAACGGAGCGAAGAGAAGAGAGGAAAAAUGAAAGGUACAGAGAAAAGCAGUAAUCCGGAGAAUACAGAUGUAGAUACUUCGAAGAACGAAGAUCCAAAGGCGUUGAAGAAAUCUAAGAAAUUUAAGCUUGACAGUAACAAGAGGGCGAGUCCCACAGAUGAAAGUGAACAGAGAGAGAGACAAAUAAACAAAGGCAAUGCUUCUAAUCAAGGAGGUGUUGAAGAUAUGAUAUCCAAACGGAAACAGCAGCGUGAAGCUGUUGCUGCCAUUCUAAAUUCGUCUCUGAUCCCUUCACAUAAGCCCAAGCCUCCAAAGCGACCUCGGUCCCCAAGCUCAGCUGCAAGCAGUCACCCAAGACCGCCUAAAGCGAUCAAAGAUUCCACCAAGAACAACAGUAAACAAAGAUAA